GCGCAGGCUCAGGUUGAUGUCGCUUAACCGGUCGUUCGAUCGAAGAUUCAGCGCCUAUGCAGGGCUAAAUUUGCGUUAUGUCGCCAAGGGUUUUAACAGAUGUAAAAGUUGUCGAUAUCCAGAAACGAAAGGUUCCGAGCAAACAUUAUGUAAGUUAACAGUGAUAUAUUUAUGAUUGCAUCUAACUGUGGGUCGUUUAUCAGCUAGUAACUUGUGAUCUUAUAUGAGACCACCGAUAUACAAACUAUUAUCCUCAAUAUUCACGCAGUCAACUCAUAAAAUACAACACUAAUUCUGUUGUUGUGCAAAUGACAAGUGAAUCCGCUACUAACUUUCAAACAGAAGCUGAGUGAGUUAGUCAAAGGAAUGAUCAGACAAACACGAUAUUGUAUUAUUUUGAUAUCUGUAAAGUCGCUCUCCAGUAUCAUGGGAUUUCCCUAUCGAUUGAAUCAACUUACUGGUGUUGUGUGCUUAAAGUGUAAAGAGAAUUCUCAGUUUCGAAAACUCAGCUAGGUACAUAUGCUUCUGAUUUACAGCUGUUGUAACAAAAAUGGGGCUGUUUGCCAUAGAAAUGACCACUACAUUCCCUUGUGAAGUUUAUUGAACACGCUUGUUCCCUCUCAUGGUUGAGUCUUUUUCAUGUGGUAUCAACAAUGACAAAGGAGGGUGGAGAGGGGGGAAAUGUUUCAUUAAUUAUGACAUUAUAGCUAGCCAAGUGCAUUGUUUGAAACAUUAAAAAUCUCAAUAACCUGUGUCCUGUCCAAGACUAUGGUGUAAUUACCAAUUCACGGCUUGAGACUGGGCUUGUUGUCCUAUAUCAUUCUGCAGUGCUAAUAGCAGUUACUCUUGACUACUAAUCUCUAUUGAUGUGGAUCCUUCAGAAACUUGUAACCAGGAGAUAGCAUUGGUCACUGAUGAAAGUGUCUGUUUAACCAUUCUACAUUGGAUUAAAAAAAAAAUACAGUAUUUAAAAAAUUCUGUCUCAUGAUAAGCAUACCUUUUUACAGGUUUAUGUGAUAAAUGUCACUUGGUCAGAUGGUAGUGUUAAUGUUGUCUACAGGAGAUACAGCAAAUUCUUUGACCUUCAGGUAUGUUAAUUUUCUAUUAUAUGAAGACAGAAAUGUAAAUGCCUCUUGACUUGAAUUUAAUAAUUCUUCCUGUGAAUAUUUUUUUCUUGUCUUUGGUAAGCUCAUUCUUGUCAGCCUUGCUUUAUCACAUAAUGGUAACAAUGCUUUCAAAAUCCUUUGCCCUUGAAUUCUCCUAGUUAUGUUAUCCUAAUUUGAAAUAUUUGGAUAAUAAAUUUUUUAGUUGUUAUUGCUUAACAGACUAAACUUUUGGAGGAGUUUCCUCAUGAAAGUGGUGUAAAAGAUCCUUCGAAGAGGAUUUUGCCAUUUUUGCCAGGUUUGCUACAGCAUUCAUGUAAUUUGGAUGAUGCCAGUAAAGAAGUUAUCACCAUAUUUUAAUCUGUCAUUUUGUUGUUGAUGUUGAAGACUUGGUCUAUAGUCUCCAUGUUUUUAUGUGGUUCUCAUAGCAAACAGGAAGUUAUGAGAAUAUGGGAAAAGUGUAUCAGUUACAGGAUGUUUAAUUGAAAGACACUGGUAAAUUUCAAAUGCUCUCCAAACUACUCAAAUGCACCUGCACUAUUGGAAAUAAGAUUUGAAACAAUGUGUGCCAAUCAGAGUUUUUGGUGGUUUGGAAUGACAGUGUGCAAAACCUAUGAAUAAUUUUCAUAUACAUAUUAUUAUUAUAAUGAUACAUAUCAUUAUAUAUUAUAACAAUUAUACAUGUUAUUAUGUAUUAUAAUGAUUAUACAUGUAUAUAUUUGUAAGAAGGGAGUUUCCUUAAGCUCUUGUAUUUGUAUGAACUUCAGGUUAAUUAUGGACUAUCCAAAUGUGUGUGAUGAAUUGUGUGAUUUGUAUGCAGGUAAAAUUAUAUUUGGAAGAAGUCAUGUGCGAGAUGUAGCAUUACGUAGAAAGGAACCCAUUGGUGAAUAUUGUAAGGUGGGACAAAUUUCAGGAGUGAUCUGAGUUCUCUUUAGAAACCUUCUGUUUUUACCUAUGAAUUCCCAGCCUCCUGUUUUCACUAUUAUUCUCUUACUUAUUGUUAAAUACCUCUGACAAAGGUGUACAAUGGUUAGUUUGUGUCACCAUGCAGUCUUUUUUAUCUGUACAUGUACUUUGUCAACCUUGUGCAGUAUGUGGGCCUUUUUUUCCUUGGAACACUUGGCAUGAAGCUUGUCAUUAAUUGAUUAUUAUAAUGUUAACAUAUUUCAGGAGCUAAUCUCGCUACCACCCAAGAUAUCCACUAGUGGCACUGUAUUGAAGUUCUUUGAGCCACAACCAGAGGACAUAGACCUUCCAUCUAAGGAGUAAGUUUGUUUUACGUUGGUUACUUAGGUCCAGUAAUUUCAUUGCCAUUUCUUUUUUAAGUAUAUUUUAGAUGAAAAAGGAAGAAAUUUCCUAAUAUAGUAUUUAUUUUCAAUGGACAGCUUUUUAGUCAAAGAAAAUUGCAGGAAGAUUAUAAUGAAAUUUGAAAAUUUUAUAUUGACCAGUAAUGAGAUUAGACUUAACACAUACUAAGUUUAAGAAGGGGAAUGGGUAGAUGGUUUUUCAAGCAAAAUUUAUCAAGAGAUUUGGAGAUUGAAACCAAUAAUCCCCUGUCAAAUGGGUAUGGAUACUUUUUGAAAAAGUGGUAAAAGCUAUUUCAUUUAAAGUAAUUUUAAACUAAUUCCUCUUAUAGGAAAGACAAGAAAAGAAAGGAAAAGGAUUCAGGUACUUUUCUAGUUCAAGCAUUUUUGUUUGAAUGUAAACUUGGUUAUGAGAGUGCAAGUUUUCAUUUUUCUUGAUGACAUUAAGACUAGUAAUUGUAUGAGGACUGAGUGGAGUAAAAUUCAGGGAGUAAUUGGGUGAGUUAUUUUAAAUUGGCUGAGAACAUAGUGUGAGGCCAUUUGGAAAUUACUUGCAAAAUUACCCCUGAAUUGUAUGAUAUAAAGUGCAAUUACCAAUUAAUUCUAUCAAUAACAAAAAUGCAAGAAACUCUGCAUUGAAAAAUGUCAUAUACAAUCCAGCUUUUAUCUGGAAAGAAAUCUUGCACACCAGACAUGAGAUCUGAGUGGUACUUAUAAAUACACCACAGACUUACUCAGUGUAAGAUCCUCUUAAAAGCAGAGGUCAUGAUUAAAAUUGUUUGUUUUCUUUUCAUAAACAGCUGACCACAUAAGUGGGCCAGUUAUGUUGGAACAGUAUGUGGCCAUUGCAGAUUACAUAAAGCAGAAUAGAAAUGAAGUUAACAUGGUUGCAGGAGAUAUUGUAGAAGUUAUUGACAAGAAUGAAAAUGGUAUGGAACUAUAGUAACCCUUAAAUUGCAGUGUAAAAAGGGAGAUGUGAUUUGAGGCUGUACACACGAAAUCUUUACACAUGGAAUCUUCAAACAACUCUCCAUUCCAACUUUAUCUUAUUUGAAAUUAUUUCUUGGAAAAAUUAUGAUGAGUCAUUGUAAUAUCUGUUUUUAUGUGCUUGACUGACAGUUGACCUUUAUCAUUAGUUUUUCAAAGCUGGUGCUUUUUUUAGUUGUUUUACGGUCUGAGAUAGCUGUUCCAAAUGAGGUAGAGUAAAUAUCUGCUUGUCAAGUGACCAAUAGCUACAUAUUAACAUUUCUACAAUGCUUGUCAUAAAAUAGUAGUGAUACUUGUCGAAACCUGUUGAAAACACCUCUUGGUUAACAAUUUUGUGCUAGAAGAGGAAUGAAUAUUAGCUAACAAUCCUAAUCCUAGGGUAGGAGUAUUGUUUGUCAUGUUUUAAAUCUAGGAAAUAUUAAUUUUGCCAUUACUCUCACUCCCUGGUUAUUGUGGAGAACAGCUCUCUGAAAAGACCUGUCCACCAACUUUCAGCCAACUGUUGGCUGACAGAUAACUAAGAGGCCACUGACAGGUUACUAGUUGGCCAGUACAAAAAUUUCAGUUGUAUAUUUCUAACAAUAUACCCACUCUUGUGACCUAAUCAUUCUUUGAUAAGCUGGGUAAUAGCUGCCAGGUGAUAUUCCCUGAUUUAAAAUUCCAGUAAGAUGAUAUUCUUUGUUUAAAUUUUACUCUAAGAAUUUAGAUGCUUUUGCUGUUGUUUAGGGAGAAAAUGUUUUUGGUUUGUAAUGGCGAAUUUUGGAAAGUCAAAAAGUAAUUUGCAGGGGUCCCAAAAUACAUCUUGAUCAAAGCUCAAUUGAAAGUACCACCCAACAAUUAUCUAGGUAACUGCUUGAUAGAGGUUUGAUUGCAUUAUAAUAACCGUGCAGACGAUUGUGGCAAGAUGAAGUUUAAGCUUCAACCAAUUAAAUGGCACACUUCUCUCUUCUCUUUAUAACUUUCAUUUCUCUCUUGUCUGUGUAACCUUCUGUACAGUCAAGCUGUCAAAAUUAACAUUAAGGGGUUUUUCAGCAGGCUAUACAUUGCUAUGGUAGCUUUAAACUUGGGAAGUUGAUCAUUGCUUUUAACUCAUAACAAGUGGUCCAUAAAUUGCCUUAAACCAAAGUAAAAGCAGCUAUAAAGGUCUAUUUUUUUUCAAAGCUAGAAUACUUUUGGCUUUUGUGAGAUUUACCUCAAUUUAAUGUGAUUAUUUAUCAGGUUGGUGGUUUGUUAAUGUAGAUGAAGAGCAGGGUUGGGUUCCAGCAGCUUAUCUUGAGCGUGAGGAUGGCAGCUUAGAUGAGUCUGCCAAUCAAUUAGCGACUGAAUCAGGAGGUAAGUUACCUUGUUGUACCAAGCAAGUGACCAACCUCGAUUCUAAUGGUGUAUAAUGGUAUUUUAUAAACACUAGCCACUUUCGGCUGGAAAUUAUGCUGAGAUAUUUGUCCGCCAAGACUAUCUACCUGAGAAUUUCUGUGAGUGAAGCUCAAAGAAACAGGUACAUGUAAUGUAAAUUUACUAACAUAUUUUCAAGCCGUAUGGAGACUUACGUGUUUAUUAUUCUUCAAAUUGUUUUGGAAUGGAUAGAGAAAACUGGAUACCACUAACAACAGAUGUUGACAUCUCAGAGCGACUUAAAUAACAAACAAGUUUGUCUUUAUUGUAGUAGCAACCACAAAACACUCUUCCAGAUUAUGUCAACUUUAAAAGGAAGACAUUCGUGGCCUUGGACGUAAAGUUCGAAAAUUGGGGUGCAACAUGUGAGGAUUAUCACUGGAUUUUACCAGUUUAAGAUGAGGCAUUUGGGGCUACGGGGCGCACCCAAGACAAUCACGCUCGAACAAAACUCUUUGAUGGAACAUUAGAUAUAUGUCUGCAGGUCUGAACGUCUUUCUUUCAACAAUAACAAACACCUCCUCAAUAAUAACAACAGCUUUCAUAGCCUUUACUGUGUCAUCUUUAGCAACAACCACAAUCACAGUACCAGAUACCCUCAAUACCAGUUAUGAUCUCCGUGCUCGUCGUACCCAUGAGACUUGUUCGAUCCUAUUUGAGUCUUCCCUUCUUCGCUACUUAUCUUUAUUUUUUUUUAAGAGAGAAUGAUUACAACAACAACCUACAAAGCAGAACUCGAUGAUGAAAUUUCAUUUGAGGUUGGCGUUUUAGUGACCGUGAUAGAGAAGAAUUUUGAUGGAUGGUGGCUUAUUCGGUGAGUACUCUCCAUGAGUACUCUCCAUAAUAUUUACAUCAAUUGAAUUGUCGUCAAAGCCUGAAAUGGAUCAAGCAAUAUACGUUGUAACUGUUAGUUAUUAAACGGUACAGAGGAAAAUUGAAGAAAGGUGUGCUCUGUUUGUAGGAGUGAUAAUAUGUGAAUGGUCAAGGCACAAUUUUCAUAACGCCCUCUUAUGCUUUUUCUUAACACUCUUUAAGGUAUCAGAAUCGCGAGGGUUGGGCACCAGCCAUGUACCUCAAGAAAACUGAUCCCUCUCAGCUUGAAGCCAUACGACAUGGUUCAGAGUCUUUAGCGAGAGAGAAAACUGCAAGCGUGGCGAGUGGUGUACAGAGUGCUUCUAGACUUCAUGGUAUGGAUUGCUUUUCAACUUCAACAACCGUCCUGUUAAAAGAAAAAUGAAUAUCAUUAUAUGUGAACUGCAGUUUAAGAAAUGAAUAUGACAGCGAUCUUCGCAGUAAUAAACACUACUUAAGCAGUAGUGAAAGUAAGGCCUGAAAAAAAUUCAGGCCUUUGUGGGUUUAUGGUUGGCUCAGGCCUUAUUGUCACUACUGCUUCAGUUGUGUUAAUUUCUGCGAAGAUCGCUUUCAACUUCAUUUCUUAAACCGAAGUUCACAAAUAUGAUUUUAGUAUAUUCACAGUCACUAAAUCAUAACUUCACGGGUUUAUUUGGUAAGAAUUAAUAUAAUGACCAGCUCCCAGAUGCCAGGCUUGUUAUUUCAAUUGGUAGAGCAUUGCACCGGUAUCGCAGAGGUCAUGGGUUCAAAUCCUGUGCAGGCUUGAAUUUUUUUCAUUCAUCCUUUUCAAGUGUUGGAAUUUUCCAAUUCGUUCUUUGACGUGCAUCGUUACCAAGCUUCAUUUCGGGUGUUUGCUUUUUUGUAAUUUUGCAUUCUCUAAACAGGCUCCGACAAAACUGGAACGAAAGGUCGGAAAGUGCCUCCAAGGAAGGCUUCGGUAAGUCUUUAGCAAAAAGACUCUUUUAAUAAUAUUAGAGAACACAAUCUAUUGUAGACUAUAGUGUGCGGCGAAACGAAAUUUCCAUGUCUAUCUCUGUUUUCUCAUUGAGUUCGAAUAAUUCACAAGAAGAAUUUCUGGGAUUAAAUUUGUUACAGAUAAAUUUCUUUUUUUUUUUUUGAAGAGUUGACUUAGCCUGACCGAUAAAACUCCUUCGAUUUAGUCUCUGAGUGUUCGAAGGCCGAAGUCUUAAAGCCAGUCCUUCAUUUUUUUUCACGUUCCAAAAAAAGUUGUUCGGUUUCGAUUCACUGGGUUCUUUUCAUUCCUUGCAAGACUUGCAUCUUAUAAAGGUGACUCGGUCACCUUCGUUUCCAGGGCCUUUCUCCUGUUACGUGCGUUUUCUUGGCCGUCAUGAUUGUUCACACGCUAUUAGGACACUCUUAUCUGGGAAUAAUUAUAUUGAGAUAAGUAAACUAACACACAUACAUUGUGCUUGAUCUCCAGGUCAAAAGGUCCAAAAAGUUGCCAGUUCACAUCACAAACAUGUCGUACGAGAAAACUAUGGCUAUAUGCGAUUCGCCUACUCCAAAGUCUCCUGAAGUAGAAUAUUUUACCGUUGGCGACUUUCGUUCAUUGGGUGUAGAGGGAGCGUUAAACUUUACAGAAGGAAUGUCUGUGGAAGUUGUCGAGAAAGCUCCAAAUGGAUGGUGGCUGGGAAAAAUCGGUGGAGUAGAGGGUUGGAUACCAUCCUCAUACCUGGGUAAAAGAUUGCUGGAGAAACAACAAGCCAAUGGAGCAGAAUCUUCAAAUGCCUCAAUAAACAUUCCUAAACCCUCCCCUCGUAUUCCAGAAAAAAUUCCAGAGGGUAACGCUACAUUUUUCACGUUAGCAGAUUAUAAUGACACUUUUGAAGGUGGCAUUUCCUUCAAAGAAGGGCAAGCAGCGCAGUUAAUCGAACAAAAUCCGGAUGGAUGGUCAUAUGUUAGAAUCCAAGGCAAAGAGGGUUGGGCACCAACAAGCUAUCUUGUUUCAAGCACGGAAAAAAAGUCUGCAGCUCCUCCUCGACCAGUCGCCCCUGUAAGCGCAAAGCCGAUUGCAAAACAAAUGCCGAACAUCGCGUCAUCUCAGUCUGGAAAAGGUGUAAGUUAUGCUCAGUCGCAGCAAAGGAAGCCGUUACCAGUUCCUGUAAAGAAUACCACCAAAAUGGCUGUCUCUUCACUGAAUUCAGUUCCUAAGAAACCUGAUCUUCCGGCCAAACCUCAAGUAAAACCUCGUUCGAAGAUCUGGCCUCCAGAAGUCUCAGUGAAAUCAUCGAUUACGAAACCAACUCGUGUUCCUGUGAAACAGAACAUCUUCUGCAAAGCCUUAGAGUCUUUCUCCUCUGAAAAUGGUGAAGGUUUAUCGUUUUGUACUGGAGACGAAUUUGAGUUUGUAGAAGACUCCAAUAAUGGGUGGUGGUUGGUCAAGACAAAGGGUGGAAAGGAAGGUUGGGUACCAGCAUCUUACUUAGAGAGGGUGAAUAUUAAACCAGUAGCGCCCAAAAGACCAGCAAAACCAAACCCUCCAAAGAAGGCGCAACACCAAGAUACGAAAACUGUUUAUAUAGCUAUGGCAGAAUACGCUGACGAAGGGGAUCAAGAUUGUAUCAGCUUUAAAAAAGGCGAUCGCAUGGAAGUGCUUGAAAUGGAUGAGGGAGGUUGGUGGUUAGUUACGAUUGGAGGAAAGUCCGGUUGGGCGCCAUCAAAUUUUUUGAAACCUUUGGAAUGAACUGAAUUCAGAGUAAGAAUGAUUCAAAAAUGAGUGACAGCCAAGGUUGAAGGACUUCUUAAUUUCUCAGGCAGCAUUAGAGCCCCGUCCACACGCAUCCGGAUAUUUUUGAUUCUGCAACUUUUUCGUUGCGUAUUGGUCUUCCCUCCACACUUACCUGGUGAAUACGGUUGAUGAAUCAGCAACUUUUUGAAACACUUCUCAGAGUGCAAUACGCGUUAACGAUUGAAUCCGUCUAUUUUAGAAUACAGGGUAAUUUAGUAUUAUCAACUGAGUUGAUAACGUAAAUUGGCCACCAUGAAGAGUUUCAAAGCUCGCGUUUCGAGCGUUUGCCCUUCGUCCGAGCGAAUAAGGAGGGCUAACGUUGUCGACAUUUUUGAUGGUUUUGGCCGCUCUGCUCAUCGUGAUUUUAACCAAUAACUCGACCUCAUGAUUUGUCCAAAUAAAGGACUCUCUUUUACAUGUCUUUUGUUUGAUUGUGACAUCUUUUCUCGUACUUAGCCAGUCUUCCAAGCGACACGUGUUGAAACUUCAAGUAUAAAAAAAAUAGGUUGCUAAUAUUUAUCGCAGCCUCAAGUCUCUUGAUAGAGUGCAUGCUCUGUUGGAGAAAGCGUUGAGAUAUCCGGAUGCGUAUCGAAUUCAUGUGAACGGACUAAAAUGAUUCGAAUGUGGUACGUGUGGACGCGAAUUUUCAUUAGACCCGCAUCGAGAAAGUUGGGAAUCAAAAAAUAUUCGAAGAAGUUUGGAAACUGUUUCUGACUCCCUUAAGCAAAGGGAGCUGACUUAUCUGUUGGCGUUAAACUAGUGAGGGGUGAAACAGUGGCUUUUUCAUACUAUUAGAUCAUUUCUUCUCAUUAAGAGAUCCUAUUAGUAUGUCGGUGUGGGUUUGAAAUAAACUGGUGACAUAAUGCUUCCUCUUUUUAAAAUUUUGCCGAAUUAUUGACUUCUUAUCAGUUUAACUCAAAUUGGAACAGGGUUAACAUCAAUAACUCUUUUGUUAAAGAUGGCGCUACGGUUAGAAAAAUAUUUUCGGCUGCGCCUCGUGUGCCACUUUUUUGUUCUUACCACAUUUUGACGUCAUCUGUGAUCUAUUACUGAACAGACGCACGGCAACUUGGAAUCUAUUCGUU